CACGCGCGGGAGAACCAGGUGAAGAGGAAUGGACCGUGCAGAAGAUCAGAUCUCAUUACCAGAACAAGUUAAACCACUCUGCGGAGAUUCCUGGACUCUACCAGGAGAAGGUGGAGAAGAAGAAGGCCGACUGGAGAAGAAAGUUGUGGAUUUGACGGCAAAAAACCAGCAGCUGCUGGAGGAGCAGAGAGCUGAGAGGAGGAGGAGUAAAGAGGAGGCCCUGCAGUGGCACAGAGAGAAGAGCAAAAUGCUGGAAGUGUUCUCCAACAGGCUGGAUGUUCCUGCACAGCCACCAGGCCUCCACUUUGCAGGAGCUGGAGAUGGCCAGACAGGAAAUAGGGAAAGUCCAAGAAAUGUUGAUGGUGUCAACACAGGACAGCAGGAAGCUGCAGAGGAAGGUGAAGGCUCAGAGGAAAAAGGACUUUCAGCAGAACAACAGACUGCGGCCUGCACUGAUCCAGAUCGGCCUCUGGAGGGGGCUAAAGCCCGUCUAGAGGAGCUGAAGGAGAGCCUGUACCAGAGGGAGAGGGAGAUCACUGAGCUGCUGGAGGCGGAGAGGAGCCCAUUCCUCCGGUCCUUCAGCCCCCCUGCAGCGUUCUGCUUCCCGCUGUCAUUCACAAGGCUCAUGCAGUUUGCAGAUCAGUGUCUGAAACCAAAACCAUUUUAGACCAGAUGAUUGAGGAGAAUCGGGUUGCUCUGAUGAAGCCAGAGACAAACUGCAGAUGGCUAAAGAGGAAGGCAUGACAGAGAGACGGCCACUGAGGAAGGGUUAGAGAUAUGGGAAUGCAAAAAUAUAAUUUCUUAUUCAUUGGAAUGGCAGGUAAAUUGAGCCGCCUUUGGUAUUCCUCAAAUUCCUUUAUUUUCUAAAUGAAUAACUGUAUAACUGUUGCUGAUCAUUUUCUUCCAUUUUACAGAUCAGAAUGAUAUGAGUCAAGACUGUCUCUCUUAGAGGAAACAGUGAGAGAGUAUGAAGUCUGCCAAAUUGCUUUAGAAUGCAUCAAAGUGGAGAAAGUUCUGUAGCGAAUGGUAAAUACACAAGUUGGUUGGAUGCAACCAGUCAUAUUAAAUUAUUGACUUUAUCCACAUAAUACGAAUUCUGCUGUCAUUACAUAACUGUAGAACUGUAAGCUUGGCAUCUAAUGAAUCAUGGUAAGAACAGGAAGUCUUCCACAUAUCAGCCUUGUAAUUGGAAACCGUAUGUACAUUUAGCUCACUGAAUGUAUGAUGUAUCUCUUAUAUCUUCUCUCUCAGACUCUGCAAUCUCUGAACUGGAAGGUAUCCUGGGACACAGAGGCCAUCCAAGCCGCGGAUGUCGGUCAGCAGCUUCUCUUAUUGCAA